AUGCGCGGCUACUACGUUGGCCCGCUUCUGGACAGCUCCUUCGACCUCCUCAUGCUCAGGGAGCCGGUGGUGGACCCUACCGACCAGUCCGUCUACGUCAACCGGACCAGGGACAAGAUCGAGCAGAGAAGAGCGCUCCGAGAACAGCAGCAUCGGGGCGGCUGUGCUGGUGGUGCUGGGAGCGGUGGCGUUGGAGGUGCCGUUGGAGGAGGAGACCGCGGCGGUGGCGGGAGCAAUAGCAGAGGCGGUGGACAUGGCCAGCGGGGCGCUGUGGAGAAUGUGGCCGCCGCUGCUGGAAACAGUGCCGGGGAGAAGACCUCAGCAGCGCCCUCAGCGGCGCCGGAGAAAUGGACGCCCGUUGAACCGUUGAGGGCAGGAGACCUAGUGUCCCCUAUAACCACCAACCUGGAACGGGAGCACGUGAUGGCGGAGAGGCGCCGCCUCUAUCAGAUAGACAGUGACUUUGCCGCCAGGAAGAACGCGAGGGUAGCCGGCUGUGGGCGGUCCAAUUAUUCUCGCAGCAAGAUGUUGACGCACAAGACCAAGAACGCGGCCUUCACGAAGGAGCUUCUGAAACAAGCUCCGGGUGUCGGCGGAGUAGCAGCGAAGUGCCCGCGAGGUCUAAAGUCUCACUUCCUGGGGUUGCAGAACUUCGAGUACGAUUGGGGGGGCGGAGGUCGACGAGGGGGCGGGGUGACUGGAACGUGA